AUGGCUUCGAAACGGAUCUUGAAAGAGCUCAAGGAUCUUCAGAAGGAUCCUCCAACCUCCUGCAGUGCUGGCCCGGUUGCGGAAGACAUGUUUCAUUGGCAAGCUACGAUAAUGGGUCCAUCUGAGAGUCCUUACUCUGGCGGAGUCUUUCUCGUAACCAUUCACUUCCCUCCGGAUUAUCCUUUCAAACCACCAAAGGUUGCAUUUAGGACAAAAGUGUUUCACCCUAAUGUCAACAGCAACGGAAGCAUUUGCCUCGACAUUUUGAAAGAACAAUGGAGUCCUGCACUGACCAUAUCUAAGGUUUUGCUUUCGAUAUGUUCAUUGUUAACGGACCCAAACCCAGAUGAUCCGUUGGUUCCAGAGAUUGCUCACAUGUACAAAACCGAUCGGAACAAGUAUGAGUCUACCGCAAGAAGCUGGACUCAGAAAUAUGCAAUGGGUUAA